AGCCACACGAUAAGAACUGCAAUGCAUCCUUCAGCGAUUCGAUGUGGUCUAAUUUGCGUUGCACGCGCUGUUCCCUUGCUGUCUUUUUCGUUACUGCUACUGUGCAGUUCUCGCCGUGCACACAAAGAAGUCCAAGCGGACUUUUCAUACUUCUCACUGUCAGGAAGCAGACAGGCAAACACGAAAGAAACACGCUUGGUGCUCCAUGCGCGGGAGUGCAGGUGUGGGAACGGCCCUAUGCGCAGAUGUGUGGGCUCCUCCUACUCCGCCGCUCUUUUUUUUAAUUCGUUUCAGCUUUAUGGCAGUUGAAUGUGAGAAAUGCGUUUCCGAAAGACGGCGAGAAAAGAUGUGCUGUCAACGUGGAGAAGGGACGGGGAGUGCUGGAAAACCGUUAACACAACGGAAGAGGGGAUACAGCAACAACACAGAAGAGGCCGCCUUCUCCGUCUCGACCGCAAGAAGGCCGUGAACCUGACUGGCGGCAUCGUGUCGCUCAUCGCAGCGUCUGCUCGUUAUCCUCCGCUCCUUUGCAUUUUCCCUGCCUGAUCACCAAAUCGAAGUGCAUGCGUUUCUCCUGUUUUGUUUGUUUCUGUAUAAUUGGCCCAUACGUCACGCAUCAGAGCUUCCCUCCGCUAUAUAUAUAUAUAGAAACGUGAAGCUGAGCGGAGUGCUCAACACUUUAUAUCCACAAACUUGCAUCGUCAGUGGAGGUGAUGCGUUAAAAAGUGUAUUUUGUUUUUGAAAUUUUAGUUUUCAAAUAUUGAUAAGGUUUGAAAGAUAUUUUUCUCUCUUGUUUUCUCCUGUUAUUUCGUCCUACAAGAUGAGUCAAUUAGGAAAAAAAUAAUAAAGAAUGUAAUAAUUGCAGUAAGAAACAAUCAAUGCAUUUGCUUUCCUCAGCGUGCAAUCCUCGCGUCAUGAGUCAUCAGAUAUGGAGGGAAAACUCCUCUCCGAGGAGAAUUUCUGAAUGGAGCCGGAGAGUGCUGAGCAGAGGAUGCCCCCUCAUGCAUUUAACAGGCACUUCCCCAGUGCGUCGUGCAUUUUGAAUAAGAUGCGGCUUCGACGGCUACAAUAGGCUCGUGUGCAUCUUGAACUCCCACCACUGUGGACAAUCCUCUUCCUUUUUUUAAAUUUCUCUUCAGUAGCUUCUCUCUCUCAUAGGUAGAAAACAACAACAAAAAAAGGAAAUCGAAGUACAGACGCGCUCGUCGCUGUCGUACGUAACCUGGCAUCAAACCUGCGGCGGCGGGCCGGGUCGUUUCUCACCGGGCCACAACUGGCAUUUUCGAAGAGCAGUGGGGAGGUUUAUCUCCCCUUAUUCGUUGCGUUAAUAUAUAUAUUUCUACUAUUAUUCUGGCUUGCGCUCUUUUUUUUCCCUUAAACGAAAUUGUCCUUCACUUCUGGAUAUUGUAAUGGCGUCGGAGUAUAAGCAGCGGGAGACCGUCGGCGUGGAGGACCUCGUCCUGCUUCCGCAGAUAACCGAGAAGGCCAUCACGGACGACCUUGCCGUGCGACACAAGGCAGACCUGAUCUACACCAACAUCGGCUCCGUCCUCCUUGUGGUGAAUCCUUUUAAGCAGAUUCCCGGCUUGUACAAUGAGGCCCACAUGGAGUUCUAUCGCCACAGCGGCCGGCGGGGUGACGUAGGCGAUGCGCUGCUGGAAGGGCAGGAGCCAGGCGACGCCGCCCUCGGUGGACCGCACAUCUUCGCCCUGGCCGAGGAGACCUACCGCAGCAUGGUGUCCGAGGAGGAGAACCAGUGCAUCAUCAUUUCUGGCGAGUCGGGCGCGGGCAAGACGGAGGCGUCGAAGCAGAUUAUGCAGUACAUCUCCGCCGUGUCGGGCAACACGCGCGACAUGCAGAAAAUCAAACGCAUCAUUCUCGAAUCGAAUCCGCUGCUGGAGGCGUUUGGCAAUGCCAAGACGCUGCGCAAUGACAACAGCUCGCGGUUUGGGAAGUUUUUGGAAAUCUACUUCGACAUCCGCGGCGGCCCGAUCGGGGGCCACCUGACCCACUUCUUGCUGGAGAAGUCGCGCGUUUCGAGCCAGCAGGAAGGGGAGUGCAACUUCCACGUUCUUUACCAGCUCUGCGUCGGCGCCGCGGAGGCACUCGCAGGCCCUGCAGCCUCCUCCUCCAGGGCGCCCACCGCCAAGGGAAGAACGAAGGAAGCGAAGGACGAAGGGGCGUCUGACCUGGACGGCGACGAUUCUAUCGACUGGGCCGAGUUGUUCAGCGAUAUGCACAUGCAGGGUCUCUCGGACAGCGUCGGCUACAUACGGCUGGGCGAGGUGACGAACGUGUACCCGUGGAGGUACCUGCGUCCCGUCACCGCCCCUGGCCGGCACGCCGACGACUUCACGCCCCGCACCGGCAUCAACGAUGCGCGGGGCUGGCAGGAGACCCUUCUCGCGAUGGCGGAGAUGGGCAUGACGAAGGACGAUCAAACAGCCGUUGUGAAGGUACUGUGCCUCGUCCUGCACUUCGGUGAGUUGGAGUUCAUCGCGCCGGAGGAGGGUGGUGAGUUGGCAGCAGGGCAGCGGCCCUGCACCUUGGCGAAUCCCGAGGUGCUCGAUUUUAUCGCGCAACACCUCGGCGUGGACGCAAAGGCGCUGCUGAAGGCUCUCACGUGGCGCAAGCUGCAGAUGGGUGCGACGGAGGUUGUCUUCUCGCCGCUCGAUGCACAGCAGUGCCGCAACAUGCGCGAUGCCAUUGCCAAGGCCCUCUAUGAGGGUGUUUUUGAGUUCAUCGUCAGCUCCGUCAACAUCGCCUUUGGCGACGCCUCGCACGCGCUGAUGCUGGGCGUGCUGGACAUCUACGGCUUUGAGAUCUUCGCUAAGAACGGCUUUGAGCAGUUCUGCAUCAACUACGUGAACGAGAAGCUGCAGCAGAUCUUUAUUGAGCUGACCCUGCGCGUGGAACAGGAGGAGUACGUGCGGGAGAACAUUCCGUGGGAGGCCAUCAAGUACUUCGACAAUCAGAUCGUGUGCGACCUCAUCGAGAGCAACCGCCCGCCCGGCCUGUUCGCCAUCAUGGACGACGUGUGCAUUACCAUGGCCAAGGAAGAGGAGUCCGUGGCGGAUCGAAAGCUGCUGGACAAGCUCGACAUGACCUACCACUCCCACCCCAACUUUGUGCGCAGCGAGCGCGGCUUCAUCAUCAAGCACUACGCCGGCGAUGUCGAGUACAGCACGGACGGCUUUAUUGGCCGCAACAAGGACCGGCUGGGUGUCGAUGUGGUGGACGUGCUCUCGCAGUGCAAGAACAGCUUCGUGCUGGAAAUUUUGACGGAGGUGCUGGCGGAUGGGCUGGCGGCCGCGUCCCCCACCGGCGCGGGUGCAGGUGGUAGCGGUGCCGGUGCCACCACGCGACGGGCCUCCACCACGGCCGGCUUCAAAAUCCGUCAGCAAGCGGCCGACCUCGUGCGCACGCUGAAGCAGUGCACCCCACACUACGUCCGCACCAUCAAGUCGAACGACGUAAAGCGCGGCAACUUUUUUGACGAGGCCCGCGUGCUGCACCAGGUGAAGUACCUCGGGCUGCUGGAGAACGUGCGGGUGCGACGCGCGGGGUACAGCUAUCGGCAGUACUUCGACCGGUUCCUGAAGCGGUUCAAGUACACCUGUCCCAGCACCUACCCCCGUCCGUUUCGCGGCACCGACAAGGCGGCGUGCGAGACGAUCUUGUCCUACCUGCAAAACGAGCAAGGGGUGGUGCCGCCGCAGUCGUAUGCCAUUGGCACGAGUAAGGUGUUCAUUCGGCAACCGGAGCACGUGCUGGCGCUGGAGCAGAGCCGCGAGGCCGCCUUUCACGCCCUCGCUGUCACCGUCCAACGCGCGUGGCGGAGCUACGUGCAGCGGAAGCGGCUGCUGCGGUUAAAGGCGAAGAUCGACCGCACGUACCAGCGCCGCGGCAAGAUGCGCCGCGCCGACAGCGUGUUUCGCGCUUACGAAGGACUCUACGUGGAUGUGGAUUCCGUCGUGGCCGCUGCGGGACCGCAGACCUCGCUCGGUGCAGCCGGCGGCGCCGUUCCGCGUGCUCUCUCCAGUCGCCUCGCCGCCGCGACGGAGGCGAUGUUUCAAUUCGACCCCAUCGCACGGGCGUGGCGCGCCUUCUGGAGCUCCACGGGCGAGGUGGGGCAGCAGCGAAAGCGAUUUUUUGUGAACGCGCUCACGCGGGCGACGGUGUGGGAGCGGCCGCGCGAGUUGGAUCCGCCGCGGGUGGUGUUUUCGUGUGUGGUGGAGCGCGUGGUGAACUGGGCGACGGCGAAGACGGUGAAGGAGUUUCUCUUUCUGACGAACCACGACGUGCUGUACAUGGUGCGUGAGAGGCCGAAGACGGCGGACGAGGCGGAUGGCGCUUUGAACCACAAGAAGAAAGGAAAGGACGCAAAGGCGAAGACAGUGGCUGCCCACGGCAUGGAUGGGGAGGUCACGCUGGAGCCCUGCUUCACACUGCAGAAGCGCAUUGAUCUGCGUCUGCUCACGCAGGUCGCCAUCAGCGCCAUGGCUGACACUGUGCUGGUGCUGCGAACACUGCCGGUCCUCGCCCCGUAUCGACCCGUCUUGAAUACGGUGCGAACGAAAGCAGGACCGACGCGGUGCGAGGCGUGCGGGCGUCAGGCGACGCCGGCGAUGCGCCGCGCCAACUGCCCCAGCUGCGGACGGCUGUGCUGCGUGCGCCAUUGCCUCGUCCACGAUCGGCCGCUGCCCACCAUCAACGGUCUCGCAACGCCCGUGCACGUCUGUCCCGCCUGCGUUGCUGGCGAACCGCUCGAGGCGGUGGCGGACGUGGUGCUGCUGACUCCCUUCAAGACGGAGCUGGCCGGCACUCUCUGCACGCACUACCAGGAGCGCAUGGGCAACCCUCUGCCGCUGCUCGUGUCAAACUCGAUUCCCUUCGCCGUGUGGACGCCGGCGGCGCCGCUCGAAAAGAAGAAAGGCGCGCCGAAGCGGGCAGCCACAGCGAAGGACAAGAAGGGAAGCGCUGCUGCUGCAGCUGUGGUGCUGGAUGAGGCAGAGGAACUGCCAGGCGUGCUUGGCGGAUCGUACGAGGUGGCAAUGACGUGUGUGGCCGCUGACGAUGUGCGGACGGCAGAAACGGUGCUCGUGCCGGCCAUCUCGCCUGCAGCACCGGCGGCGUUGCCGGAGGCCGAGAAACGCAAAGGGCUCAGCGCCGCUGCGGGGACGGCCAAGUCGACCCAAAAGAAGGCGAAGAAGGAAGGGGGCGACUAUGACGAUGGCCUGGCCGCGGUGCCACCCGACACGCCAAAGGUGUUGACGGUGGUGUCGCCGUGCGGCAUCACGGCGGCGCAGAUUCAGCGCAUGGAAGCGGUGCGCGAGGAGCGACGCAAGGUGGCCGCCGCGCGGCGCCGCCUCGAGGAAGAGGAGGAGCGCCGGCGCGAAGCGCAGCGAGAGGCGGAGCGGGCCGCAGAGCACCGUCGCGUGGUGGAGGAGCGCAAGAAGACCAAGGCGGCGGAGACGGCCCGCAUGGAGGCCGAGCGAGCGGCGCGUGAGAAGGUGGCAGCGGACCGGCGGGUGGAAGCGGCCCGGCUGGUGGCCGAGCGGGCGCGGCGGCGAUAA